UGCAGUCGGAGUGUGGGCGCUGGCCUGCGGGUUUCAGGAAUAGGAAGCGCCGGCAUUACACCACCCCGUCAGCUGCUGGCUGGCCUUUCCCCUCCUGCAGCCGCCGGCCAGUAUCUUUCUCUCUUUACCCGUUAGCCUCCCUCAAUAAUCAACUCCUACCCCUUUCACUCACACCAAUCACCCUAUCCUCUGUCAGUCACCCUCUCCACACCCCCCCGAUCAGUCACCCCUUCCGUCCGCUUCCCCUCCCCCGUUAGUCAUCCCUUCCCCUCCCCCGUUAGUCAUCCCUUCCCCUCCUUCGUCAGUCACUCCCUGCCCUUCCACUUCGGUCUCCCUUUUCAGUCCCUGUCAAGUCAUCCCCUUCCCCUCUCCAUCAGUCACCUCCCUUCCCACCGAUCAGCCACCCCCUUCCCUCCCCUCUCCCCCGAUGAGUCACCCACUCCCGAUCAGUUACCCCCUUCCCACCCCUUUAGUCAACCCCUUCCCCCAAUCAGUCACCCCUUCCCCUCCCGUCAGCCAUCCCCUUCCCCUUGUCAGUCUCCCCCUUUCCUCCCCUCCCCAUCAGUUACCCCCUUCCGUGUCAGUCACUGGCUUCCCCCCUCAGUCAUCCCCUCCCCUAUCAUGUCAGUAACCUCUCUCCUACCCCAUCAGUCACCCUUUCCCCUCCACCAUCAUUCACCCCUUUCCCCCGAUCAGACACCUCUUUCCCUCCCAGACAGUCCCUCUUCCCGCCCCCGUCGGUCACUCUCCUCUCACCUCCAUCAGUCGUCCCCUUCCCACCCCUGCCAGUCACCCCCUUCCCCUCCGUCAGUUACUCCCUCUCCCCCUGAUGUUGCCUCCAUCCUACCCCUGCUGGUUUCCCCCCUCCUCCUAUCAUCACCUUUUCUUCCCCCUCCCCCCUCAAUCAUUCCCAUUCCCAUCAAUCAUCCUUUGUUCCUGCAUUAAGCAUCCCCCUCUUACUCUCAUCACCCCACUUUCCCUUCCCUUCCUUAUCUCUGCGGUCACUAGCCUUUGCCUCCCAGCACCUGAGCAGGCAAAAAAGUCUCCAUUUCAGUGCUGAAGGAAGUUAAGGCCACCGUCUCUCUAUUCAUUCCUGUUUGCUAUUGCAUUCCUGUCUGUUUGAAGCAAUAAUUGAAUUGCCAUUGGAAGCCUGUUGUGUUUUACAUUUGGCCCAUCCUACUUCUGGAGAGUCAAGCACAGAAUUGGAAGUUGCCAACCUGCAGUGGUUCGUUGCAUUCACCAGCCUCUGAUGUAAUUCUGAGUGAUAAUGGAGCAUGGGGUAGAUAAUGUCCCUUUGUGGUCAAUCUGGUCUCUCUCUUCCGUCCUAUCUGUUGGGGGAAUUCUACCUUAGGUUGGCAGUCAGAAGUCUAAAUCCUGUUACUUGAAGAGAACCAUUUUUUCACCACUAUUCUGAUAACUGAUUUUGCCUUUGAUCAGUGGCUAGCUUAAUUGGUAAUGAUGGCAGACUCUGAAAGUGUAAGGAUUGCUCCAGAAAUGCCAGCCAUGUUUGAUGGGAUGAAGCUGGCUGCAGUAGCUGCAGUGUUGUAUAUCAUUGUAAGAUGUCUGAAUCUUAAGAGCCCCACUGCUCCUCCAGAGCUGAUGUUCCAGGACACCCCACUGACUCGAUUCUUGCUGAAAUCAUGCCCACUGCUGACCAAAGAAUACAUUCCACCCCUCAUUUGGGGAAAGAGUGGACACGUACAGACAGCUUUAUAUGGUAAAAUGGGACGUGUAAGUUCUCCUCAUCCCUAUGGUUUACGCAAGUAUCUCCCUAUGCCAGAUGGAGCUACUGCAACGUGGGAUCUUUUUGAGCCUUUGGCAGAGCACAACACUGGAGAGGAUAUUACUAUGGUGAUUUGUCCUGGGAUCGCCAAUCACAGUGAAAAGCAGUAUAUUCGAACAUUUGUCGAUUAUGCUCAGAAGCACGGAUACCGGUGUGCUGUUCUCAACCAUCUCGGUGCUUUGCCAAAUAUUGAACUCACCUCUCCUCGUAUGUUUACAUACGGUUGUACGUGGGAAUUUGGCGCUAUGGUAAACUACAUAAAGAAAACCUUCCCUCAGACCCAGCUGGUGGUUGUGGGUUUCAGUCUUGGUGGAAACAUAGUUUGCAAAUUUCUAGGAGAAAAUCGAGCCAAUCAGGAAAAGGUUCUUUGCUGCAUCAGUGUGUGUCAAGGCUACAGUGCACUACGGGCACAGGAAACUUUCCUGCAGUGGGACCAGUGUCGGAGAUUUUACAACUUCCUAAUGGCAGACAACAUGAAAAAGAUUAUUUUAUUUCACAGAAAAAUAUUGUUUGGAGAAAAUGGUUGCAAAUCACCUAAUGCUCUGGUAGAUGUAGAUCUCAGCAAACUUUACACAGCAACUUCCCUCAUGCACAUUGAUGACAACAUCAUGAGGAAGUUCCAUGGCUAUAACACACUAAAAGAAUAUUAUGAGCAAGAAAGCUGUAUGCACUAUCUUCACAAUAUCCAGGUCCCUCUACUGCUAGUGAAUGCUUUAGAUGACCCCCUAGUGCAUGAAAGCUUGCUGACCAUUCCUCGUUCACUUGCAGAGAAAAAAGAAAACGUCAUGUUUGUGUUAACUCUACAUGGAGGGCACCUUGGAUUCUUUGAAGGCGCAGUGCUCUUUCCAAAACCUUUAACUUGGAUGGAUAAGCUUAUUCUCGAAUACACAAAUGCCAUUUGUCACUGGGAGAAGAACAAGCCACAAUGUACAGCAGCAGGAGAUCAGAACUGCUCAGACCACAGCGAGUAGCCACUGUACAAACUUUAUUUGCCAAAUUCUUCAAUCAUUCAGUCCUUUAUCAUCAUUACAUUCCUGGCUUGGAUUUGAUUAUCUUAACAACUCCCAGCUAUUAAUGUAGUUCAUCUGGCCAAUUUAUACUCUUUUAUCACAACAGAUUAGAUGUGAUUGUAAGACCCUUUCUGUAUCUUUUUUCAGUCAAAGAAACAUGGGUGCACAAGACAUGACAAUUCACUGUGCUUGACAAUAACUUAGUUUUAUAUUCAUCAGGACAUGGAAUAAGAGUUUCUGUAUCACAAGAGAUCUGCUGUCAAUACGAGCAAAUGAGCCAACAUUUAGAGGUCCCAGAAGUUUUUUCAGGAGUUCAUUUGUUGAAAACUUGUGCCUUCUGAUAUAUAUUUUUAAGUUAUGGUUUCAAAAAGACAUUUAUUUUUCUGCCCCUUAGAGAGAUUAAUCUUUUGUUUUGUGGUCAUGUGAUCAGGUUAAGUGCAGUAGUGUUUGAAUUUAAAAAUAUGCAGACGGUUAAGUCUUUCACAGGAAACAAACUGUAGAAUUCUUACAUGAAAAAAUUCUUGCAGAACACAUUUAUUACCUCCAUUUGGUCGUUAGCGAUGCCUUUUUCAAAUUCACUAUUAAGGGGCAACAAUGAAUUCCUUUCAAAAUAGAGUAUUUGUUCCUACAUGGCACAUAUUAGCACGAUGUUUGUUCAUUGUCAUUUUAGCUCCACUUAGAAUACUCCUAAUACCUAAAGGCAAGCAAUUUUUCCAUAAAAUGUUGUCCAAAUUUUUCUGAAAAUUCCUCAAAAAGAAUGGUACGAAUGGUACAUUUGUAGCGGUAAAUGUUAAAUAGUUCUUCACACUUUGAAAAUCCAGGUUAAAUAGAAGUUUGUACUGUCUACAGAAUCUAUAAAUUACCUAUAUAUAGAAAUCCUAUCUUGAUCAUUGCACUGGAGGACAAGGUGAAUGUUCUGCCAUUCCAGUAAAGUAUAAAUUUGGAUAUUAUCCUUUCCUGAUUAAUCUGUUGCUUUUGAUGCUGAGUCAAGUACCUAAGUAUUGUAACAGCUCGACAACUGAGAAAUGGAAUAAGUUGUUUAGGCAUUUGCUGAUGCUUUGCUCUUGAUUCAUUCUUUAGAAUUUAUCUCAUCAGUCCUAUAGAAUUCUUAGUUCUAUAGAAUUUUAAUACCAGGGCAUUCUAAAAUCAUACUGAAUUGGUUGAUUUUCUCUGGCUCCAUAAGCAAGAGGAAAUAUAUCAAAUAGAUUCUGUAUUUCCGGAAUAAAAAGUAGAAAAGUCCUUGCCUCCAUUUUAGAUGAGCACUUUCCACUAUUUUCUGCAUUUAAUUAAGAAAUAUCCACUCUGGGAAUGGAUGCUCCUCAAGCACAAUUGUUACCAGGGAUAUUUAGCAUUAGCACCAUCAGGAUUGGAGAAGACUGAAAUAAAUAUUGAUGCCUCUUCACUUCCAUUGUGGGUUUGCUCCACAGUUCCAGGAGUAGCUGUGUUGUGAUUACUGGCUGCUAACCAUAAGUAAAUAUGAGAUUUAGCAAAGUAAUGUGAUUUUUUGGGAGGUUUGAAUGAUUGCAGGGAUGGGAAUUUGUCAAGAUUGGAUUCCUGAAUGCCAGAAUAUAUAUUUGUUGUAAAAAGCAACACAUCAAUAUAGUAAAAAAAACAUUCAGCUCAUUACCAGAGAUCUUUCUACCUCUUGAAUGAUGUACACAAGCACAAGAUAAAUUGAUAUCCAUUCAGGCGGAUUUUGUAUUCUUACUGCAUCUUGUGGCUGAUGGAACCAAACACUAGUUCCUCAGGAUUACUUACCAAGCAAUACAUUUUUCUCAAUUUUUCCCCUCUAGACUUGAUUGCAGUUAAUUUUGCUGUUUGUUAAGUCAAACUUAUCUUGGUCAGGUUUAAUUAAAAUUGGCUUUUUGAUUAGAUGACUUUUAGAAAUUCUGUUAGAAAAUGGUCACAAUCCAAUUACACUUAAAAAUUAUAAAAAUAAAAAGAUAAAUUUAAAUCAAUUUUAAAUUUGAGAUAUAUCCAGUAAUAAUUAUCCAUCAUGUGGAAUCAACCACAGCUUUUUCAUGUUGUAACUUAAUAAACUGGAGACUGUAUUUAAUCACCAGUAUGAUGCCAGCAACAGUCUCUUUGUAGUACAGGCUGUUAUUGACUAUGUCCAAAAUAUAGUCAAUGCUGCACUGUGUUUGCUACUUUCCACUUGAGAAGGAAACUCAUUCAUUUGUGCUUUAGUAUUUUAAGGUUUGUGAAAUAAUUUAUGAUUCACAGCCCCCAUUUCUCAUGGCUCUUAAGUUUGCCUUGUAAGAGUACAACACGAAGUGCAAACAUCUGUACACAGAUGCAUCAGUUAAUAAUAUUGUGCUUGAGUAGGUGGCAGAGUGGUGGAAAGGUAAAAACAUUGUGACACUUAACAAAUCAUUUUUUUUUGCAGUGCAACUAUAAGUCUUAAUACCAUGGGAAAUUUCCUUCUAUUGCUUCUAAUAUUAUACAGGGUCUUGUGCAAACAUCAUGUUAGAAAGCCUAUUACUGACACAUCUAUUCCAUCAUAUUUAAAGGUUUUUCCCUGAUAUUUGACAAUGUUUAAAAUUUAAGUUUAUCAUCUUGAAAUAUUGCUGUGGAUGAUAAGGUCUUGUGAGCUAUUGCAACAUAAAUGCAAUCAAUGCUCAAUAUAUAUAGGCUAUGUACCAGCUUUAAGCAUCCCAUUUAGAAGGAUAUUGAUUGUAGCUUCAGCUUCUGAUAAUUAAAAUUAUUUCCUGGAUUCUGUUAGGCAUCCUUAAAGAUCCAUUAAUUGGUACUUGUGUAGUUGUUUGUUUUAGAUGCCUCUUCUCAUUCAUGUAGGUCACUGCACUUGUAUAAUCUUUAUCUAGUGUAAACCAAAGAAAACAUGCCCCAUUUUUCUUCUGGUUAGACUGUACAACAUUGAAUUCAGAUUUCAUUGAAAUAAAUGAACUGCAGUAGAGGAGUUAGGCUUGAGGAUUUAAUGAUAUCUAUUGGGAUGUUUGAAAUUUUUGAAGUGAAUCCAUGCCAAAUCCAUGGACAGUUUUCAAGUUUACGUUACUGCACUGGUAUGAGUGACUAGCAUGUGUAGUAUUAAUGGCUUUAUGUAAGGUAAAAUUGCAAAGAGUUUUGCUUGCUCUUGAAUAGUCAGCCUAUGCAAAAUCUAUUAUCAAAUAUCCCUGCUAACGUAUAGGGCAUUCAGAAAUUGAUGGGAGUUUUUUUUUAAUUAGCCAAUGACAUUGAUACCUCAACUACAUAUUUCUGCAUGCAUUUAGCUGCAGAUAUUUUGAAUCUCAAAGUGCAGAAAAUAACUAUAGUUUAAGUAUUGAUGUGUUUGUGAAUAUAGCAUAUUUUGGGAAUAAUAGUGAUUUAAUAAAGUUAGUAAACUAGGUUAAUAAUAACUUGAGCAGUUAAAAACAUUACAGUUCUUUUGCAUUGUGAAUUGAUUGAUAUUUUUUGGUAUUUAGGAAGUUCAUUGGUAAGAUGGCACAAAUAAAUUUUGUAAAACAGAUGCCAUAAUUGUCCAUAGAUGUGCAUUUUGCUUUAGAGGAAUUAUUUCACAAUGAUGCAUCAGUCGAUUGCUGGGAUGAAAAGUUAGAUUUUUAAGGUCCUGGCUUGAUAUGUGACGAUUAUGAUUCCUAAAUUGUUUUCAGUACUUAGGUGAGAAUGAGUUGGAGUGGAUCAGGAAGGUACAAGGCAAGGUGUGUUGUGUUAACUUUUUGUUUGAGGAUGUUCCUUGUGUUUAACGUUGUUAUUGCCAUAAUUGAUCUGGAAAUGGUAUCAUUAAUAAUGGUAGUGGGAGAUAGUUUGGUUUUGGUAAUAGUUUUCAUUGGUCUCAGAAUCUUCAUUGGCUUGCAAAUUUCAAUAAUAUGUUAUAUCAGUGACUAUUUCUACCAGGUAAGUAUGUUUUGCAUUUCCUGUGCCUUUAAUUACUAGACUUCUUUCAGAUUACUGGAGGCUUGAGCUGCAGGCCUGUCCUGGGGUUAAGGGACACUUUAUGUACUGUACAUUGCUAGUAACAAGGCUUGUUUUUGCUGUUGUUGGUUGUCGUUUGUUGUGUUCUGUGUUGAUUUGCUGAAUAUUGUGGGCAUGCUAUGUUGACGCUGGAAUGCUGACACUUGUGGGCUGCCUCCAACACAUGCAAACAACACAUUUCACUGUGUGCUUUGAUGUACAUGUGACAAAUAAACUUUAGUCUUGAAUCUUAACUGGGAUGCAUGUGACCUAGCAGAUUAGCUCAACAUUUUCUUCUACUCUGUUCACUUAUGCUAGGUGAAAAUUCAGGGUUUUGGCUGCUUUCGAGUGCAAGGUCUUCUAGGGCUCAUUGCUAAAGAUCAGAGAAAUAUGAGAAGGAAGUUGCAGUUGCUUUUAAUGCCUUGAAAAUUAAGUUACAAAGAUUUCACUAAGGUAUAAAAACUUGUCAUAUUUUCAUUGAAGAAACUUGAAGAAUGGAGGACAUGUACAGGGACUUCAACUCGGUGGUUGUGCUAGCAAAAAAAUCCCAAUUUCAGCACAGUAUUGUACAUUUCAAACAUAAUUCCAAUCAGUUCAUCAGUUUUGACUGAUACAUGGCUCUAACUAGAGUAUUUCAAGGCAACGACACUGGAGGUUAAUUUUGAAUUCUAAGUUUGAGGAACUUUAGUUAUUUUUUACAUUUCCGUUUUUGGAUCUGCCAGUGUUGGUGGAAAAUAGGUUUUUGAAGUAAGGCAUUAUUUUGAGGUGUGCAGUUUGCAAAUUGGCAGCAAUGCACCAUAUAAAAGGUGUAUCAAAAUGCUGCAGUGUUUUAAACAUGCUCUAACUAGAUUCAAAAGGGGUUUCAGUCACUCGAGGUCUUUGUUAACUUAAUCCUAACCAAAGAUCUUCACUGCAAAGAAUCUUUUGCAUUUAUUUAGAUCCAGCUGGUGAUAUCUGAAAGUCAUCUGAUGUUACAUAAACUGUUAAGUCAUCUCAAAUGAGGUAACCAUAGGAUCGCAAUGGGGUUUUCUCUCCUCGUGCUUUUCUGCUUGAAACUCCAACUACUACAUUAAAAUUUGAAAUCAAGCUCCUGAUACAUUGCUGCCACACAUAUUGUGCACUUCCAGCCAAAGCAAACGUCGAAAGAAGUAUCCGUCUUCACCUGUUAUUAUGUUGAUUUCCUACCUGCAUGCAAUAAUAAAAUCAGAUGUUUUUACCUGACUGUAGACUCAGAAGUCAGAAAGGUCUGGAAUCAAUGCUGAAUAUGCAUUAUCCUGAUCCUCCAUCGUCAUUUUUACUUUCAUAAUUUAAGACUCUCCUUUUAUACAAAAUGUAUUUUGAUAGUAAAGCAUAGUUUUGUCAAUGAUGUGUACUUGAUUUUAAUUAAGCAUUGUAUUUAGCUUGUUCCAAUUUCUAUGCAGGUAAUUUCAAUAUUUGAUGGGACCAGAGAGGGAAUAGUAAUGUUAGUUAUUUAUUGACUUUAGAUCUCAGGUAGAUAUUUUCAUUGCACAAUGCAAAGGUUCUGGAGAAAUACAGUUGACUUGUAAUAGUUCGUAGUACUUAACUGGCAAUAUUCUACUUGAAUGUUUGACUGAAUUUGUCAAUAAAUAUAGGAAGACAUAGUGUAUGUAGCAAAUGUCAGCUUUGUCAGGCGCUAACAGUAUUGCAGGAAAAAUCUCCCAUUAUUAUUAUUAUUAAUGUUUGUGCUUUGUCAGUGUGCCUCAAAAAUAAUUAAUUGUACAUGCAACAAUGACUUGUGUAGAUUCUGGGAGAAGAACAUUAUAAUGCAUGGAAUUUCUUUUUACAUUGGGAAAUUUUCUUUUAAAUUAUCUACUUGAUGAACAUAUUUAUUAUCUCCAAUGACUUUUAUUAUCUUCCUACUUUGCCUGCGAUUUUAAAAUGUUCAGUUGUAUACUGAAUUGUGAAACUAUUUCCACUGUCCUAAGCAAUCUUUCCUCUAUUUCCUUUAAGCCAUUUUCUAUUUUGUGCAACUCUCAUUGCUUUGAAUGCUUGGAAGACAGAUCCAGGAGAUGCAGUAAGGAUUCAUUAGUGUUGAGCCUGUUCCAUUCAGGUAGUCUACAUAAUUUCAACAUUGAGUAACUUCAUUUUCCUGGUUCCAUUUUACCAUUAUUAACCCCACUUGUUAGAAUUAACAGUGUAAGCCUUUAUUUCUGAAUUACGCCACAGAUUAGAUUCCGCACACAUGCGCACACACACAAUUGACAUUUAAGAGAAAUAACUUGCAUUUAUACAGUGCCUUUCAUGAUCUCAGGACGCCCCAGCAUUUCAAGACACUGGAGAUGCUGAAAAACUGAAAGUAAGAAUAGAAAAUGUUGAAUUUAGAGUAACACACACAAAUUGCUGCAGGAACUCAGCAGAUCAGGCAGCAACUAUGGAAAGGCAAAAAACAGUUAACAUUUCGGGUUGAGACCCUUCAUCGGGACUGGAAAGGAAGGGGGAAGAAGCCCGAAUAGGAAGGUGGGUGGAGGGGAAGAGGACAAGCUAAAAGGCAAUAGGUGAAGCGAGGUAAGUGGGAAAGAUAGGUGGGUGGGUAAAUAUUGAAUUUACUCAGCAGGGAGGCUGAAUCUGUGAAGAGAAAAACAGCUAAUGUCCCAGGUUAUUUCCAAAGUAUUUCGUAGUCUAUGAAAUGGUCUUUGAAGCAGCAUAAAGAAGCAUCCACCACCACUUUGAAGACCAGUACUAUUCCAUAAACACCUUUGAUUGUUUAUUGGUAAUGUUGUUUGUGAGUGGGGGUAUAUUUGCAAAGAAUGAGCACUCCUUUAUCCACACCCCAUAUGUCUGUGCACUUAGAUAACUCUCUGGGAUCCUUUAAAUUCAUUUGAGAGGGCUGUCAAUAUCCUGUUACACUAAACUCUGUGUCAUUAGCUGACAGCAAGUUAAAAUGAUUUCAGUGGUUUAAGAAACCCAGAUGGAUUUUUUUUAUGCAGAGAUACAGCAUGGAAUAGGCCCUUCCAGCCCAAUAAGUCACACUGCCCAGCAACCCUCCUAGCCUAAUCACAGGACAAUUUACUGUGCAGUGACCAAUUAACCUACAAACUGGUAUGACUUCGGAUUGCGGGAUGAAACAGGAGCACCCAGAGGAAAGCCAUGCGGUUGCAGAUAAUUUGCAGAAACCAGUGAAUGAAUUAACUGGUGAAACACUAUUCACUGCCACUGCAACAAAGGGGUACAACUACUUUCUUCACUGAACUUUAGGACUUGCAUUUGUCCAGUAAAUAUUUCAAUGAAAAGCUUCUGUAUUUAUCUGAUUGGCCUAUUGAUAUAGAUGGCUACAUGGAUUUAAAUUAGUGGCAUAGUACAUCCCAGAUUAAACAUUUUUGAUGUGAAUUUAGCAUGAAUGCAUAUAUAUUUAUUACUUGAUACUGAUUAAGAUCCAAAAAAAACAAUUCCCAUUUCUGCUCUCAAAUUAGUUAUCCAGAUUUGAGUAUUUUUUCUUAAAGAUAAUUGGUUAUGAUCUCUAAAAAUGUCCAGUAAAAAUAAAGUAUGUUUAUGGGAACCAAGAAUCAGCAACUAUAAUAUUUAGAAAUAAACCUUUGCAGAUUUGAUAAAACCCAGAAAUCUGAGUAAAUUUCUGGCAAUGUCCCAUGGUAAGCAUUCCUAUACCAGCUUCCUGUUGGUUCUUGAUUCUGAUCUGUCCUUUUACAAGUGUUGUUGAAAGCACUGAUUGGUUUGGCAUGUCUCAGCCUGUGUCAUGUAAGCUUCCCCUGAAUAAUGUAGUAAUAGACGUGAAUUAUUUUUGGGGACAGGGCAUGCAUUUAGCUCCAGCUUGUUCUGGCAGGAUUCGGGUCAAAGUUACCCAAAUGCUACAUAGUGAAAAUAAUCCACAAAUAGACAAAAAUAAGGCAUGUUCACCAGUUAGCAUCCAAAAUGGAGAGAUGAAGACCAUGUGUGUGUGUGCAUUUAUGUAUUUUGUCUUUAUCCAUUUCUGAUGCUAACCAACAUAUUGUUCAUUUCCAGUAUUUUCUGCCUAUACAGGUUCUCCCCAGAUUAUGGCAGGAUUCCGCUGCUGUGAACUGUUCGUAGCCAGAACAGUUUGCAAAUCGGAAAUGCGGCCACAAACCACCUUUGCCCACACAGCAAAAAUGCCUGCAGCCCUGCAGCAGCCGGCAAAGCCAUCCCACUGGUCUUAGAAACAUUUGUUUUUGUGUAUGAUCUGUACAUAAGCUGGGCAUUUGUAAGAUGGAGAGGACCUGUAUUUGGAAACUCAGUUGUAAACUGUUUUUAAGUUUGCAUAUUUUUAAUUUAAAAUCCAUUUUGAUGCUGACUGCAAUUUCCCAAUACUGUAUAUGAAAUUGUCCCCCCACCCCCUUAUUGAGAGGAAUUUGAAUCCAAUCCAGGUGGAAAUCUGGAUGGACAGGUGGGUUUUGCCCUUCUGUUUAAAUACUGAAGUCUACUGAAAAACUACAAUUCAGCUACUAAUUAUUUUCAAGAUCUUCAUGAUUUAUUUUCAACAUUGUAUCUUUACUAACUUUCUCUUAAGGCGACACCUUUCAUAUGCCAAAAAUACGGCAAUUUAACAAAGAUUAUUUUUCUCCUUUUUAAAGGAAAGGCAGUUUCAUCCUUUCAUGUGUUGUUCUUCAUCAAACAUUCCCCUAAACAUAAUGCAUGGCUGAGGCCUAAUUUUCCACAGCCAGACACUGCUCACAGAGUAAAUAGAAUAAAAUGACAUGGGAAAAGAAGUAACAAUAUUCAGUACAAAUGUCAAGUGAGGAGAAAAGUGGGAUGAAGAUUUUGGAGUUCUUACAUUAGGUUCUUAUUGUAUAAAUGCAUUAUGGCUAGAUUCCAUUCCUAAACAAUGGAGCUGAGGGAGCAGUCACCCAUUCCAUUCAGCAGAGAUCAAGUUUAAAGCCUCUUGAUACAUUUGUACAAGGUCCCGAAGAGGGUCAAGUGGAAGAGAUGCAAAACAAAACAAAAGUUUAAAUAAAAAUACAAUGCCCAUUAACUGAUGCAAGCAGUUAUUGAUUGAGUUAUAAUGUGCAAUGGAGAGGGGAGAGGACUGCAGUUUUAUUUAUAAUAAAAAUUCAUUCAAAAAUGAAAUUAUGAAACACCAAUGAAAAUAUUAUGGCCUUUUGCAAAGCGACAGCACAAACCUGUUUAUUUUUUAUCAUCCUUUGUAUUUCAGUGUUCAAUGAAAGACUGACUUCUCUUCCUCCAGUUUUUCUUUAUAUUGUUACUAUUGCUGUAGCUUUUGUUUAUAGAAUGAAUGAAGAUCAUAUUUGUUGGAUUUGUGUGACUUGAAUGAGUGCUCUCUAUUUCACUUGCCUUGCACUGUGACACUUGCACAGCUUUCUGGAUAAUCAGUCCAUUAGUUGGGAUAUGUAACAUGGAACACACAGAGGUGACCAAUACCUGAGAGCCGGUUAUCAGAUACUGAAUAAACAGUGUGAAUGGCAACAGAUUGGUGGUAAAAGUGAGAGAUCUUAAUCUAGGGAUUCGAUAUUUAUGUUGAGAACUUGUUUUGGGGGUUGAAGAAAGAAUAUUUGAACAUGAAGAUGUGCCUACUUUAAAGAUUGUGCCUGUUAAGUGAAAGACAUAGUACUAAAAAUCACUAAAUCACUCAAAGUAUAUUCCUGGCUUUGGGAACUGGAUGUCCUAACUGCAUCCUUUAGUCUGUUAAAUCUGGUAGGUUGGUGCCUGGUAUUGGAGAUCCCUUUUGUUUGAAAAGAACCAGUGUGUGUUGAUCUGUUUUUCCAAGCAAAUAAGUGAUGAAAUGAGAUUUUGAAGCAAGAAGCAACUAGCAAUGCAAUGUUUGUUUAUCUACAUGUGCAAAAUGCACAAGUUCUUUGUGCUGAUUUUUAAAACAGUUUGCUUAUAUGGAAUUGUGCAAUGUAAUUAAAGAUGUAUUAAAAUUAUUUUCUUUAUUACAUUAAUACUGUUGCAGAAUUUUAUAGAAUUGUUUUCCUGAGUUUGUGUGUUUUAUGUUCUGAAUUGUUGAAAUAAAGGUUGUAAAUCUGAGG